GGGCGGGGCUUCACUCGGGCCUAGUUGUGAAGGCGUCCGCCUGAGCUGCUACCCCUCACCCCUUCCCCCCCCCGCCGAAGGCUCCCGUAGCUAAAGAGGAGAGCCAACGGGCGGGCGAGCGAGCGGGCGGGCGAGCGACUUCACGAGGUGGACGAGGUGGAGUUGAAGAGCGAGAGGACGACUACGACGACGAGCAGCCGCGACAACAACAACAAACAACAACAACACCAGACGAGCCACCGGCUGCGGUGGUACAACCACAACCGCAACCACCGCCGCCACCACAACAACAACAACAACAACAGCCGCAACAACAACAGCCGCAACAACAACAACAGCCGCGACAACAACAACAACAACACCAGACGAGCCACCGGCUGCGGUGGUACAACCACAACCGCAACCACCGCCGCCACCACAACAACAACAACAGCCGCAACAACAACAACAGCAGCCGCAACAACAACAGCCGCCGCAACAACAGCAACAGCAGCCGCAACAACAACAACAGCAGCCCGCGACAGCGCCCGCCAUGUACAACGGCAUCGGGCUGCCCACCCCGCGGGGCAGCGGCACCAACGGCUACGUCCAGCGCAACCUGUCACUGGUGCGGCACCGCAAGGAACGAGUGGACUACAAGUCGGAGGAGGGAGGCGGCGGAGGCGGUGGAGGAGGCGGUGGAGGCGGUGGAGGCCCGACGCGGAAGCCAAACGCGGAGAUCCUCCAGCACGAGCGGAAGCGGAGGGUGGAGCUGGAGUGCGUGAAACUGCAGGAGAGCCUGGAGGAGCUGGGGGUGGACGCUGCUGAGACUCGUGAGAAGGUGAGCAGCUACCGGCAGCUGCUCAUGGAGCAGGAGGAGCAGCAGGGGGCGGAAGGCGGACUCCAGAUGGACGCACAGGGACGGCCCAUAGCCAAGGAGACUCACCAGCUUGCGGAGGCGACGGAGCGUAAGAACGAGAAACUCCGUGAGGCGUUUGGCAUCAGCGCCGGCUACGUGGACGGCAGCUCCUUCCACCCACAACACCGUCAGCAGCAGCAGCAGCAGCAGGGUGUGGAGUCUUCGCGCCCCCCACAGCUCCGCUCAGCGACGUCGCCGUCGGCUCGGGCCAAGAGGAAGAAGAAGACGGCACACUUGUCACGGGGUCCCACUGAGGCUGGUGGUGACUCCCCCGCACGCCGGGACAGGAAGAGGAAGAAGGGGUCCAGGAAACGGCGACGCGACAGCCCCAGGCGAGGGAAGAAAGAGAAAUCUCGCAAUAAGAAGAGGUGA